AUGUCAUCCAACAAGAGCCAAAACCAUACGGCCCCAGAAAUAGCACAGAAAGAUGAACAACCCACCACAACGACAACUACAACCACAGCAAAUCAAAAUAAAGAAAACCAACCCUGUCUACUAUCCCGAAUCCAAAACUCUGCAUCUACUCUUGUGCAAGAAACACUCACAAGACCAAGUGGCGCGACUUUGCCCUCAGAUCUGGCACAUGUUUUGAAUAGUGGGAAUAAAGGAUCUUCUUCUUAUACACCAUCCGGGUCGUCGGGGCAAACAUGGAGCAGUGCCGAUCCAAGGGGGAGCCGUCUAUCGCCGGGUGCUCAGGAUGGUUAUGCUUCUGGGAUGAGCAAUGGGUUUCGAUCUACACAUCUCUACGUCUCAGAUGGAACAGAUCAGGAAAUUGACUCCUUCCAAAAUGCAGGCUUCUUCAACACAGUUGAUGACUUAUUAAUCGCUACGGAUGAAGGGGAAGCGAAAGGAAAAGGGAAGAGCAGAGAACCGCCCAUUUCCAAUGAUUGGCAUCAUGAAUAUGGACAAGGCAUGACCCUCGACAUAAAUGACGAAUACGAAUCAACACACUUCAACGCCUACGAACUAGCAUGGAUAAACGCUUCUCGCUUGGGGACGGUAUACCGCUCCACCACAUCCACACCAAGCAAAAGGCUAUCCCAAUCCUCAGAAAUCAACCCUGUCCUCAACACAACAGCCCAAACCCAGAUGGAGGAUGGAAAUGACGGCGCGGAAGUCGUCGCUCUCCUCUCCAAUCCUUCCUUCCAACCGGGCCUCGUCACCUGGGCACACAACGAAAAUCAAGGCGGGAUGGUAGACGGACUCGAACCUGUAUUCGAUCUCAAUGAUGACCCAUUCGACACAGAAGGAUUCCCCCUGGCGAUUGGCCUAUCGCCCGCCGAAAUGCAGAUGAUAGAUAUGUUCCGACGACAACAACCCCAGCACCAACAAGACCAAGAAACUCACGAAAAAGAAGACAGAAACAAGAGGAUAACGGCUAACAGUCUUGUGCCGGAUAUAGACUCCAUCCUCUCCACCGCCGCCACUAACAAGCAUGAAGCUCUAAGAGAAGCCGUGAUAACAAAUCUGGUUGGUGCAGAGGAAUGGCUACAUGUUGAUCAACAGUAUAACGAAGAUGUAUGGGGUUAUUUAAAGCCAGCGGUGGAAGCUGCCGCUGCCGAGCUACAACAAAAAGAGGAGAAUCCGGUAAAAGAAGGUGUAGAUGGGGAUGGACCAGCAGUGAAGAGGUUGAGGAUGAUCUUGAGACAUAUGGCUCGUUUAUAA